UUAAAAAGUGACGGCUGGGCAACAAGACCGGACGUAGUGAAGAAGAACAUGGAAGAAGCCGCCGGGGGAAUAUCUAUAAAACUAUACUCACCGUCAAUUAGCUAUUUUGACCACCAUUUUCUCAACCUGAAGCCUUACAAUAAUAGCCGAAACCCGUGGUUCCAGGAAUUCUGGCAGGAAAAAUUCCAAUGCUACCUUGAAGGUAGCGAAAGAAAACCCGAUUAUACGGAACCUUGUACAGGUAAAGAAGUAAUGGAAGAUUUUGAACAAGAUCCGAAGCUUGGUUUUGUGAGGAAGGCCGUGUACACCAUGGCGUAUGCCCUUCAUGCCAUGCAGCAGAACCUGUGCCAUGGAAAACCUGGAAUGUGUGAAGCGAUGAUAAACAUCCAGGGAACCACAUACUUCAAAUAUCUCAUGAACACAUCCUUUACCAGUUAUUUUGGAGAGGAGGUGCACUUUGACGAGAGCGGUGACCCGCCAGGGAGAUAUGAUAUCAUGAACUUCCAACAAUUCGAAAGUGACGGCGAAGAAAAUGCCACCUAUGCCUACGUGAAGGUUGGGUCCUGGAAUAAUGGCCGUCUUGAGAUGAACGAUAGUAAUAUCUUCUGGCCUUCCGUUGGUCGAGGAAUUACCAAAGUUAUCGAAUCAGUGUGCAGUAAACCGUGUCAGAAAGGUUUCAUCAAGAAAACCCAUGCGGGAAGAACGACCUGCUGCUGGACCUGUACUCAAUGUGAACCGAACGAAAUACUUCUGGAUGAAUCUCGUUGCAAAGCCUGUAGUAAAGGCUGGUGGCCGAACGCUAACCUCACAGCCUGCCGCAUGAUAAGGAUCGAACACAUGAACUGGCAUUUCACAGAGGCUAUCAUCGCCAUUGCUAUGGCCUGCAUCGGAAUCUUAACGACCUGUUUCGUCGGUGUAGUAUUCAUCCGUUACAACGACACCCCAGUAGUGAAGGCAUCCACCCGAGAACUCAGUUACAUUAUACUGGGUGGGAUUAUCUUUGCACUGACCUCAAACUUUGUGCUAGUUGCCAAACCGACAAUCGUCAGCUGUUAUUUCACACGUAUCAUACCCGGCCUAUCUUUCGCCUGUAUUUACGGAGCCCUAGUCACGAAAACUAACCGAAUUGCCCGCAUUUUGGAAGGCAGCAAAAAAAUUAUGACCAAGAAACCCCGUUUCAUGAGUGCUUCGGCUCAGGUUGUUAUUACAUGUCUGUUAAUCGGAAUCGAAUCAACUAUUAUAACAGUAAUGCUGGUUAUUGAACCGGCUGACUCUACAUUUUACUAUCCAACCGAAAAACGCGUCAUCCUUCUCUGUAAUACCAGUCCCGCUGGCACAAUAGUACCUCUAGGAUUCGAUCUGUUUUUAAUAAUGAUGUGUACGUUAUACGCCGUAAAGACUCGUAACUUGCCGGAAAACUUCAACGAAGCCAAAUUCAUUGGAUUUACAAUGUAUACGACUUGUGUGAUCUGGCUUGGUUUCUUGCCCAUUUAUUUCGAGAGUGAGAGCAAAGUAUUCACCAUGUGUGUGUCCGUCAGUCUUUCAGCAAUUGUCGCCCUUGUGCUGCUCUUCUUCCCCAAAGUCUACAUCAUCAUCUACUGCCCGGAGAAAAACACGCGCAGUGCGUUCACAACGUCUAAAGAUGUCAGAUGUCAUAUUGGAAACACGGGUAGAUCCUUUAGUUCGAGUGACAGUCUCGAUGGCUACAGGGACAUGCUGACGAAAAGACGUCAACGGAGUCUCAUAGAUCGAUGGAAAACGCGAGGCCUACAGAAACGUGGCCAAACACCGAGUCCCAAUCCUUCCCUCAUGGGUCGCAUAUCAUCAAACCCUUCAACACAGGGCUAUUUGAAACAAGAUGGUGUCCGAUCUCAUUCCUUCCCAAAGCUCAACCCGUCAUCUCAGACGUAUUCUUGGAAAGACCGAGUGGCAGCGGCCCCCGACACGCGCGAUACUGAACCUCCUAACAAUAUGACAAUCUCGAAGUAUGCGAACCCCAUGGACGAGUCGCAGCCGAAAAGUAACAUUCUUCGCAAGCGUUCGAGUCACAUACAAGACACAGGUUGCCAAACUGAUGCCGAGAUCCUGGGAAUGCUAUUAGCUUUUCUAAGGAACCACAUAGGUGGAAUAUCUGACGCUGAAAGUGGAGAAAAAUCCUUUUUCAGCGGCCUUAAUGAUAAGAUGGUAACAUUCUCUACUAACGACGCCAUCUGCAACCAAGAAUCGAUGUCAACGAAUCGCCAUUACUCCAUAACACCACUUCCGCUCUCGGAAUCCCCUAAGGGGGCCUGCAUUGAUUGUAUCCCUGGUAACACGUUGGCCAGUGAAAAAUCCCCGUUGCUAAGCGCCGACGAUGAUGCUGAUACGCUGUCGUUAGGGGACACAAACCUGGAAUCCGGGAAAGAAUUCAGUUUCUCCAGUAGUCUUCGCGAAUUCCCUUUCAUGUUGAAACGUCGCCAAAAAGCGAAGCAUGCACACAACGAAAGUGACGUGUCAGAAAUGUCUUGGAUGGCACAGAGCAGUGGCCAAGAAAGCAUUCAGAGCACGCCAGACAACUGUCUCUUUCCUAGUGUGUCUGAGUCACCUAACCUAUUGAACGCCGCAGACCGGAAGUCGGUGCUCACGCCGCAAUCCUCAUACGAGUCACGUGAUAACGACAAGAGUUGCAACGGCUACGAGCCACUGGUAGUCACGGUGUCAGUGACGCCGUCGACGUCAGCGGCGGCGGCGGCGUUGGCGGCAGGAAUGGCGACGGGAGUCAGAGAGACCGCAGCAAAAGUGGGAGGUGGUGCUGCUGCUCUCGAUAAACCGCUUCACACUGCUCCCCACGCCUCCUCCUCCGCCUCUUCUUCCGCCGCUGCUGCUGCCGCCAUGGCUGGCAGCGUUGCCAAUACCAACGCCGCUUUGAAAUGGUCAUGGGUGGAACAGCUUUGA